AUGGCGCCCACCUACCCUCCAUCCGGCGCUGCCAUCGAGUACCCCUCACCUGCUGCUUCUCGUCGGGCUUCCGAGUGUUUCUCUGAAGUGAGCAUGAGCAGCAGCAGGAGGGGCAGCUUGGCUGGAUUUGCGUCGGACAUGGAGAGUACCGGGCAGUGGCACUCUGUAGGAAGCGAAUCUAAGAGUCCUCUAGCACAAUUUGGAUUCUUCAAGGGUCUCACCGACAAGAAGACAACAAGAGAUGGCCAACCACCCAAGAGAAGAGGACCCAAACCGGAUAGCAAACCGGCUUUGACCAGACGGCAAGAGCUGAACCGCCAGGCGCAGAGAACACACCGAGAGCGAAAGGAGCUAUACAUCAAGGCCCUCGAGCAGGAGGUGAUCCGUCUCAAGGAUACCUUUGCGGCUACUACGAGGGAACGGGACGCUUUCGCGGACGAGAACCGCCGACUGAGAGAGCUGCUCAUGGCACAUGGCAUCUCCUUCGACCACUCCAGCCCGGGGAGCAAUGGCAUGGGCCGCGUCGACAGCUCUGCCUAUGGAAGCUCCACUGGCAGCAUGUCAGGCUACGGGCCAGGAUCAGCGUCGACUGGCUACACAUCGCCACCAACACGCGGAUCCAGCUCUCAUGAUGGAAUGAACGGUCAAGCCUUGACUCUUCAACAGCAACAAGCCCAGCAGUCUGGUCACCAUCAGCAGCAUUCGAUGGACUAUGACCAGAUCGGCAUUGACUUCGUCUUAACGUACGACCGAUCGCCUUAUCUUUCUCCUCCACCCCAGCAGUAA